AUGAGUGCCAAUUUUUCAACCCUUCUUUCAUCACCAACUUAUCCAAUUGAAAAAAUUAAUAUCAUUAAAAAACCAGAGUUAAUACCUGGUAUACCCGAUGGUAUAGUUGCUUUAAUAGCUCCAAUAAUUGCAUAUUGGUCAUAUUCAACUUUUUUCCAUUUAAUUGAUGUUUAUGAAUUAGCUGAAAAAUAUAGAAUUCAUCCAAGUGAAGAAGAAUUAAAAAGAAAUAAAGUUACAGUGAAUGAAGUUAUUAAAGAUGUUAUAUUACAACAUUGCAUACAAACUAUAGUUGGUUUAAUUGUAUAUUAUUUUGAUCCAAUACCAAUGACAGGUUUUGAAAUGUUUGAAAUGUGGAAAUUAAAACAAGAAUGGCCUAGUGUUUCAGAUAAUUUAAUUUAUUUUUAUUAUAUGUAUGGUAAAUCAACUAUAAAAUUAAUGAUUGCAAUUACUAUUAUUGAUUCUUGGCAAUAUUGGUUACAUCGUAUAAUGCAUAUGAAUAAAACUUUAUAUAGAAGAUUUCAUUCAAGACAUCAUAGAUUGUAUGUUCCUUAUGCAUUUGGUGCUUUAUAUAAUGAUCCAUUAGAAGGGUUUUUGUUAGAUACUUUGGGUACUGGUGUUGCUUCAUUAUCUACUGGUUUAACUCAUCGUGAAUGUAUUUUAUUAUAUACUUUUGCAACUUUAAAAACCGUUGAUGAUCAUUGUGGUUAUAAAUUACCUUUUGAUAUUUUUCAAAUAAUUUUCCCAAAUAAUGCAGUAUAUCAUGAUAUUCAUCACCAACAAUGGGGUAUAAAAUCAAAUUUUAGUCAACCUUUCUUUACUAUCUGGGAUGUUUUAUUUGGUACCAAUUAUAAAUUUGUUAAAGAAUAUAAAGAAUUACAAAAUAACAUAACUUUGGAGAAAUAUCAAGAGUUUUUAAAGACAAAAGAAACAAAGAAAAAUAGAUAA